AUGUCUCAUUUCCUUCGAUCGGCGCUCUCCCUCUCCGUUGUGGCUCUUGGACUCGUGCCAGCCACCUUGGCCGUCCAUUUCAACAUCACGAACAAUUGCCCGAACACGCUGACGCUGUUUAUCAACGGCGAGAACAGAGGCGUGUUGGGCAACAACGGAGGGAACGUUCAUAGCGACGUGCCGAGAGACUGGAGCGGAGACAUCUGGACAAGCUCGUACCAGGGAAGUGCUAGUGGUGACAAGUCCACUAGAGCCUCAUUUCACCUCGAGGAAGGGUACUACUUCAUAGUCUCAGACUUUUCCCGUUUCAACACGGGUGUUAGCAUCAAGCCAAAUCGUGGGGAGGUAGUGACACUUCCCGAGCUUCAUGUUAAGCGUCGAGCUGACCUGUAUCGCGACAGGACCAUGGCUGGUGCCCGGAGGCCAAGUGCGACGGUCCAAAUUGCAAUACCGCUUACCGCAGCAGACCUAACCACCUGCCGCCCCCAUCGAACGGCCCACCCGGCCCACCACUCUAUCGCUGCCCCGGCGAUGUCGGGUUCACUUUUCUGCCCGGAUGGCAAGCCCCCUCAACCCUCGGCUCAAACUGGCGGUGACGUCCACCAGAUCCAUCCCAACGGCGACAACAAGAAAUGUUUAGAUGUCCGUUCAGCAGCGUUCCAAAAUGGCUCCCCGGUUCAAAUUCACGACUGCAAUGGAUCCAACGCACAGAAGUGGCGAAUCGCCUCGAAGCCCGGGGCGACAAGACUCCAACUUGACGGCACCAACUUCUGCUUGGAUUCAGGUCUCACCCCAGGCAACGGCGUACAGCUGAAGAUCUGGCAAUGCUUCGACGGCUUAGCUGCACAGAAAUGGUGGUAUACUGAGGACAAACAUAUCGCUCUUGAAGGCAAAGGGCAAUGCCUCGAUCUUCCUGGUGGGAAUAGCGGGAAUGGGAAUGUCGUACAGACAUGGGAGUGCGCGUACGGAAAUAAAAAUCAGAUCUGGACCUUGUGA